ACCCUAUAUAUUAGUAUAUAUCUCUUCUUCUUCAAGAGAGAGAGACGAGGGAGGUUGAACCUUCGAGAUGAUGAAGGUCAGUUUCAUAAUCAUAGUUCUGUUAAUGGUAGGAAUAGUAUCCGGUAAGAUAUCAACUAAAAAAGUUUCACCAUCUCCAUCUCCAUCUCCGUAUUCGUAUGCACCUCAAUCAGAAACCAGAAUGUCUCCAUCUUCUUCACCAUCGGACUCUCCAACAACGAUGCCUCCCGGUUACAUUCACCAGCCACCGUCUCUGUCACCGGAAGAAAGUGAUCUCAAAUACAAAGACGGUAGUGGAACAGAGAGGGAAUGUUCCUCAGGUGGCGGAAAGAAGGCUGGAAUCGCGGUUGGAGUGAUCGCAGCGGCGGGUAUGGUUGGUCUCGGAGGGUACGUGUUGAAGAAACGUAGAGAGAACAUUCGUCGAUCACGAUAUGAAUACGCCGCCACUGAGAUCUUCUGAAGAGACAGAAACUUGGUCAUGGAUGUGGUGUGUCGUUUCCUAUGUUUUGAGUUAAUGUACAAUUUAAUAAGCUUUUGUCCUAACAACGGUGGUUAAAAUA